AUGACAGAUAACAAAGCCCAACAGCGCUGUAUCGCGAAUGGAGUCGCCGCCAAGACGCGAAAACAUCCAAAGAUCUACAGGGAGCUUGAGUUGCAGGUGGACACCGAGAUAAGAUGCCGGGGUACCAUAUAUCAGUUCCUCGGCGUAAUCAUGGUUAACAAGAACGUUCAAAGGUUCAAAGAGGCAGUGAUACUCAAGUCGGAUGAGUCGCAGCAUGAGGAGGUAAGCGCCUGGUCUAACCGGGACUUGAUCCCGUUGCCGCCUUCUCGUCGCACUUGGGGUUGGUUCAACUUCUUUGGUUCCUGGUCACUGUCUUCCCUCAAUGUAGCAACAUGGCAGACCCCCAAUACCUUUCUCACCCAAGGACUCUCCGUCGGUCAAGCCAUGGCUGUCAUCGUCGUCUCCCGAGCUUUAUGUUGCUUGUUCGCAGUCCUCGUCGCUUGGUGCGGUCUGACUUGGCACAUCGGCUUCACGGUGCAGAACCGAUACACGUGGGGCUUCCGGGCAAGUUACAUACCGCUGAUGCAGCGCAUAUUGCUGAAUUUCAUAUGGAAUGCUCUGCAAUGCUGGAACGGCGGUAAACUCGUGACCGUUUGCAUCACCGCCAUUUGGCCCUCAUUCGCGAAGAUCCCCAACACUCUCAGCGCCAGCACACCGACGACGACUUAUGAACUCAUCGGUUUUAUUGUUUUCUGGGUUAUCUCAAUACCUUUCCUGUUCAUCCGGCCCGAACGAUUCAAGAAGCCUUUCUUCGUCUCAUCUGUCGCAUGUGGUGCAGGCAUGGUGGCUCUGCUAAUCUGGUCGCUCACCGUCGCAAAAGGCGUCGGCCCCAUUUUCUACCAAGGCCAGAGCGUCUCUUCUGGUUCCCGCUGGAGCGUCUCAUGGCUCAUGAUGGCGGGGAUCAACCAAGCCAUCGGUCAAAAGGCUGCCGGUAUGACCAACAGCAGUGACUUCUCCCGUUACGCAAAGAACAAGAGAGACUACAUCAUCGGCACGGUGUCCGUAUACUGGAUCACCGGUGUGCUGGUUUGUCUUGCCGGAUUGAUCACCACCGCAGCCUGUCAGAAGAUCUACGGAAACAUUUGGUGGAACCCUCCCGACCUAUUGAUGGUCAUGAUGGAUCAUGGCGAAGGCUCCUCUGCAUCCCGCGCCGCAGUGUUCUUCCUCUCCCUUGCAUUCGCCUUCACCUCAAUGUUCGAAAACGUCUGCUCCAACGCCGUCGCAGGCGGGAUCGAUCUCGCCGGCCUCUUCCCCCGCUACAUCGACAUCCGCCGCGGUGCCCUCAUCACCUUCUUCGCCGCCUGGAUCAUCCAGCCCUGGCAGCUGAUCAACCAAGCCGCCACCUUCGUCGCCGUCCUCAACUCCUUCGCCGUCUUCCUCGCGCCCAUCAUGGGCGUCAUGGUCUGCGACUUCUUCCUCCUGCGUCAGCGCAAGGUCAAGCUGUCGCAUCUGUUCCACCCCGAAGGCUCGGACUACUGGUACUGGCACGGCGUCAACUGGCGCGUAAUCCCUUGUUGGAUCGCGGGGUGGGCGCCCACUAUUGGUGGUCUGAUUGUUAGCGCGAAGAAGGACGAGAGCGCACCUGAUGCGAUCUACGAGUUAUAUUACAUUGCGUUUUUCGUCGGUUUCUUCAUCUCGUUUUUGUUGUUUUACCUUGCUAACAUCACAUUCCCAUUGCCCAAUCUGGGCGAGUUUGAUGAGGAGGAUAAGUACGGCACUUUUACGGCGGAAGAGGCAGCUAACCUGGGUGUUGUGCCGACUGACUCUGUAGUCGCUACGGGACUCGGAAAGGACGAAGGAUUCGAUACCCAGGUCAAUGAGAUUUCAGAUGGCAGUUCGGCUGGGGAGAGAAAAUGGUGGAGCUUCAGGCAUCGUCGAGGAGAUUGA